GCAGUUCUUCGUUGUUGCGUUUGCGUCUCGUUGUGUAUACUGUGCCAUUUUGUUCUACAUAUAUAUUUAUCUAUGAUUUUGUUUGUGUUACUUCUUUUUACAACCCUAUAUACCGCCCUGGACCUCGAUAUCUUCCUCAUUUGACGACCUUUGCUUACCAUACCGUUGUAAAUCCGUUCUCUUGACAAUGCCGCCGUCAGUAAAAAGUCGACGUAUACUUUGCAUAAACUGCAAUGUCUGUUUAAGUACGUUUCGACGUUAUCUCGUUCAUGAGCUUAACACAAGAGUUAUUUCGUUACUUAGCGACUGGAUAUCACCAGUAAUCAUUACUGAGGAAGAUUACAUUUGUGAACGUUGUAAUGAACUCCUCUUGAGCAGCAUAAACCAGCAAUUAACAACAAUUUGUGAUGGUGCUCAAGAGUCAGGGUCAUCUCAACCAGGUCGAAGACAAGUGUGCAGUAUUUGCGGAUGGUCAACACUUAAUCGUCAGAGCCAUUCUAUUGUUUUUGACAAUCCUUCAGAAGAGCAAAGGCAGAUAAAUGCUCUAUACAAACAAAAAUUGCACCACGUCAGGUAUUUAUGUUUUUAAAAUAUUCAUUAUUUGCCAGUAUAAUACUUCAUUUUUUAACUGUAGACAAUUAUUCUUUCUGUCUUCUGGACAGAAAUGAUUAUAUCUGUUAUUGAUUGACUGAAUGCUGUAAUAAUUUUAGCCACAAAUAAAUAGUAAAAAGUAUUGUACAUAAUAAUAUUUUUAACAUGAAAAUAACAGUUAUUGCUUUUUGACUAUAAAAAUCACAUGUCUCCUAUUAACAAUCAGCGCUACAAGUUCAAAUUCAGGUCAAAUGACCUGUCAGUAUAUGAUAUAUUUUUUAUACAUGUUUGGACCUGACUUUAUGUGAAUUACUAUUGUUUUAUAAACAAAAGUAUUUAUAUUGUAAUAUGUUCAUACAAAUAUGAAUAAAAAUAGCAUUGACAUACAAGGCUAGGUUCAUUUGACCUAUUCAAAUGAUGAAUUGUUUUUGUGAGUAGGAUGAUUAUAUUUAGUUUAAUUUUAUUUUCUGUAAUCUAGAGGAUGGCCAGUACAAGUAUUUUAUAAUAUUUUAGAUUUAUCGGUAAUAAAUGCCUUGGUUUUGUACUAAAAAAUUAACAACUAAAAUAUUAUUAUACUGCAAUUGGCGGUCAAACUGAGUAGUAACAUUUUAGAAGAACCCACUCCUGAGACCUCACUGCAACAUUUUAUAGCCUCAGAAAUGCCAGCUGCUGAGUUCAGAAAGAGGUAUAAUUGCUAUCAAACUCACUGUAAAAAUAAAACCAAUGAAGUGUGUAACUUAUAUAAAUCUACUAUGUGGCAGAUGCAAUCAACCAAAAAUAUUCCAAUGUCAUAACUGUAAUUUCGUUAUUUAUUAAACACCUAUUUACACUAGAAACUAAAAAUAUUUUAUUACUUUUGUAACAUCCAAUAUUGCCUAUUAUUUCUAAAAUGUUACUAUAAAUAUAUAUAUGCAUAAUUAGAGACUAGGUAGCAAUGAUGGGUCGAAUGAUUCUUGAACGCCUUUUUAGUUUACCUGUUUCUUCUGUCUUGCUAGUGUUAAUAUAUAUAAUACCUGAUAUUAAUUAAAUGUUUUCUUUCGUAGAUAUCAUUAUCUGAUAGGAUAUGCCAUUCAUGCUGGAGGAAGUGUAAGCGUGCUGCCAUGCGUAUUGAGCAAGUUGAUGAAGCUCGCCGAGUGUCUACAACUAGAGAAGUUGACCUUGAAACAUGUGACUCUGAGCCAAUCGCUUCUCAACCAGUUCAUGAAAGUCUAGAAAUGCCUUCUGAAGUUGUAUCUAGCAACAUAACAUUGGAAAAUUAUAGGCGGGCAGCAAAUACUGCUUCUCACUGCCUUUUUCCUCAAUGUACUAAUAUUAAUCUGCACAAUAUGGCAGAUUCAUUUAGAGCACAAUACUCAGUACAUAUAAAUAUUAUAUCCCAGUGUACAGCCGUGUCUGUACGGAACAUAGCCUGAGUAACGAGUGGAGUAAUCUGUAUGAUUCUAAUAAUAGCAUGAAUACAUUUACUUCACAACAAGUAGAACACAUUUUUUCGUUUAUUAAUGCUUUCAAGCCCUACCUUAUUUUCACAAAUGUAGAAGCCAUUCAAGAAAUUGAGGAUAACAUAUUCUUUUUUUGGACAGGAAGGUCCAAAUACGACUUUUUCACCCUUCUUAAUGAAGUUCCUCGCAUACAAGAAACACACAAAGGCAUUUUGGGAUUAGCUGCAUUGUUAAUUAAAAUGAGGACUGGCGAAUCAGAUGUUCGGUUGUCUACAUUAUUAGAUGUACUGCGUAGCACAUUAGAGCGACUAAUGAACAAAUGCAGGGAAAUCCUGGUUCAAGAUUUUGUACCUAGAGAGAAAGUCUAAUGGAUCAUAACCUUACAAUACCAAAUGGUAUAUACAAUGUAAUUUAUUUAUGUAUUUUUGAGUAGAUAUGUAAGUUUGUUUAUAUACUCUUAUAUAUGUAUGUUUAUGUAUGUAUUAUAUGCUUUACUUUUAUCUUUUAUUAUGUAUUAGUAAUUUAUAUCAUUUCAUGUGUUAGUUAUUUAUAUGUUAUUUUAUUGCAUUUAUUGUCUAUAUAUCGCAUUUAUUGAUAUUAUAUUUUGUAUAAUUAUAUUGCACCACCUACCCAGUAUUCAUUGUUUAUUCCUUUAUACCAUUGGUUGCCUGGAAGAGAUCGCUAUGUAGUGAUAAGGCCGCCAAAUUGUACAUUUAACCUGUCUAUUGUUAUGUAAAUUGUUUAUUAGUUUGUGGUGUACAAUAAAGUAUUUUCAUUCAUUCAUUCAUACAAUGAAAACUAUACAAACACUAUAAUUAUUUGCUAUGGGACUUACAUAAAUAUAAAUAAAAGUUCCAAUUACUCCUUUCAAAAAGAUACAUAUUCAUUACAUAAAUAUAAAAAUGUAUUAAAGCCAUUUUUAUUUGUGGCAUGUGAUGGUUACACCUUAGAUUGUUACGGUCCAUACAAGGCUACCACAUCCGAUGCUAGCAUAAAAAAUUCCCUUUUUGAUAAUGAAAACUCUUCUCUUAGAUUAUAUUUUCAAGAUAAUGAUGUGUUCAUAUUGGAUAGGGGUUUCCGGGAUUCUAUAAGAAUGCUAGAAGGUUGUAAUUAUCGGCCGCAUAUGCCUGAUUCUCUAUUAGAAGACGAACACCGGUUAACAACACAGCAGGUCAACCGGAGCCGCUGUGUAACAAUAUGUCGCUGGGUAGUUGAGGCAGUAAAUGGACAUUUUAAAAGAGACUUUAAGCUCUUGAGCCAAAACUAUUUUCACAAAUCAGUGCCAAAUAUGAUGCAGAACUUUCAGAUAGCGGCCAGUUUAUUCAACCGAUUUGGUGUUCGUCUUCGUGAUAGAGAUGAUUCUAAUGAAAUAGUCGCAAUAAUUAGAGAGAGAUUUAAUUUUGAAAAUAAUUUAGCCCUACUGGUUGAGGAACUAAAUAUGAAUAGAAGGUCAACUGUUUUUCAAAGUAUAACAGCUGACCGAGAUAAUUUAUUUGUGUUUCCUAGCUUAAGUUAUAGUGAAUUAAUACUAUUUGCUCUAGGCACUUACCAGAUAAGGCAAGCCAGAUAAUAUUACGGGGAACAUAUUCGAUUUCAAGGAUCAUAUAGAAUAGAAAUAUGUAGGGAUACACAAGAUUUUUCUCAGUAUAAUCUCAGAGGAAGUAGUGAUAGAACAUUAAUAAGAAGAAAAGAAAAAAAUUAAGUCCAGGCACAUUUCAAGAAAACAAUAUUAUGUCUAUAUUUUAAUAGAAAAUAAUGUGUCUGUCAGAGCUGCUAUAGUCGAAUAUUGUUGUAAUUGUUUGGUCGGUCGACGAACCAUUGGAUGUUGCGCUCACGUUAUGACGUUAGUGUGGUACCUUGGAUGGGCUAGGUAUCAAGAAAAUAUUUCUGCUCCAGCAGAAUUUCUGGAUGACGUAGUGGUGAGAGAUUUAAGUGAAAAUGAUGAUAAUUAACAAACCAUUCCACUU